ACGGGUCUCGAUGCCAUGGACGGGCGGCCUGUCAUCAACCUAUACCAGCCUCUUACAGAUAACAACCAAAAUAUCGCAAAAGGAAGUAGAAUGGACGGGCUGCUGCUGCUCUGCUUCUUCCUCUGGACCGUGGUUACCACGGGACAGUUCGCCGUCGCCGGCGCAGCCUCCAGCUCCAAGGUGGUGACCAGCCUCCCCGGGUUGCCGGGUCGCCUCCCCUUCCACCUCGAGACCGGGUACGUGGAGGUGGACGAGGAGAACGGCGCCGAGCUGUUCUACUACUUCGUCGAGUCCGAGGCCGGCGCGGAGGACGCCCCUUUCCUCCUCUGGCUCACCGGCGGCGACCGCUGCUCGGUGCUCAGCGGCCUCACCUUAGAGAUUGGUCCAUUCCAGUUCGUCCCGGAGCCUUACAAUGGCACUGUACCGCGUCUGAGAAUCAAUCCGUACUCAUGGACCAAGGUGGCAAAUAUCCUUUUCGUUGAUACACCGGUUGGGGCUGGAUUUUCCUUUUCAAGACGACCCGAAGGCUACGAUGUCGGGGAAGUAUCCACCUCGUUGCAGCUCCAUGAACUCCUUCUCAAGUGGUUCACUGGCCAUCCCAAGUUCCUCACAAAUCCUCUCUACCUCGGAGGAGACUCCCUUGCUGGACAUCUUGUACCAUUUAUCGCUCAAAAGAUCUCGGAAGGUAUCGAAGCUGGAAGGAGCCCCAUCCUUAAUCUCAAGGGCUAUUUGGUAGGCAACCCGAUGACGGGUGAAAUCAUUGAUGAAAGCUCGAAAGUGUCAUAUGCUCAUGGAGUUGGUAUAAUACCAGAUCAAUUAUACGAGAUAAUAUUGGAGCAUUGCCAAGGAGAAGACUACAGGAAACCUACAAAUACACCGUGUGCCCAAGCUCUGGGCACUUUCAACAAUCUACGCUCCGAAGUUAUGACGGCACAAAUUUUGUUAGACGAUUGCUAUCUUGUAUCCCCUGGACCAGGCACCCAGACGGACAAGUCAGCUAGUGCUAUUCGGAAGAUCCUAAGCGAGGAAACAGUGAUCGUGACGGGGAGGCGAGUGAAGCAUCCGCCACCUCGUGUACCAAUUGGCUGUUAUAGCUACACGUCUUACCUGUCGUAUUUCUGGGCAAACCACGCGCUCACCCGAGACGCCCUGGGGAUCAAGGACGGCACCGUGGACGAGUGGGUGAGGUGCCACGACGGCGACCUGCCGUACGCCGUGGACAUCGGGAGCAGCAUCAAGUACCACCGGAAUGUCACCGUCAAUGGCUACCGUGCGCUGGUGUACAGCGGCGACCACGAUGCGAUUGUGCCGCACCUGGGGACGCAGGCGUGGGUGAGGUCGCUCGGCUUUCCCGUCGUCGACGACUGGAGGGCGUGGCAUCUCGACGGCCAGUCUGCCGGAUUCACCAUAACUUACUCUAACAACAUGACCUUCGCGACCGUAAAGGGAGCUGGGCACACGGCGCCUCAGUAUGAGCCCGAGCGGUGCUACGCCAUGUUCAGCCGUUGGGUACUGCACCAGCCACUCUAGUCCUCCUGUAUGUGACAUCAUCUAGUAGGUCUAGCAUACAUACUAGCAGGCGGAAGGCGCGGCGAGAACCUGUGUAAAUCUACAGUACAAAUUUGGAUAAAGAUACAGAGUGGAGAAUGGAGAGAAGAGAUCCUUUGAUAGCGAAGUAGCCAAAGAACUGUUGAGAAACAACAUGAAUUACCAUAAAUUGUAUGGUAUCAAAUAAAAAAGAGAAAAGUAUAUUUUUUGUCCCUCAA